AUGCCGUCGCGAAAACCCAGCAAGUAUGGGAACAAGUUCCGAUCAAGUGCAGCGUCUUCAAAUCCACGUCGAGCAAAGACUGUCGAGUUUUCCUCCCUGCGUUCUACAGAAGCAACUUCCCAAGAUGAGAAAUUCGAGUCCAUCCGACUGGCCAACAGCAUCGAUGAAUCUCUCGGCUUUCCACGUUUUGAGUCUGGUGAUACCAGAGCUGGUUGGCUCAUCAACAUGCACAGUACGACAAUAGAAGAUGCCAAUGUGCCAGGAGGUCGUGCUGGUGUGGAUUACUAUUUCCUUCAAGACGACGGAGGUAGCUUCAAAGCCACUGUCGAGUACGACCCAUACUUUCUCAUUGUGGUAAAGAAGAACCAUGAGAUGGAAGUGGAGGAAUGGUGUCGUCGAAACUUUGAAGGCUUGGUCAAGAACUUCAAGAGACUUGAUAAGGAAGAUUUGGAUCUCCCGAACCACCUUCUCGGACACCGGAGAACAUUCAUUAGGUUGAACUUUGCGAAUGUCAGCAACCUGCUCGAGGUUCGACGAACACUUCUACCUCUGGUGGACAAGAAUAAGAAGAAUGCGACUGAGAUGGACGCAUUUGCUGAAGUGAUCAGCGCACCAACCGGUUUCGACCUUUUUGAUGACGAAAUAAUUAAUGAGCAACGACCUAAUGCCAACAUGCAAGCGAGUGAUUUUAUUGUGGAUAUUCGAGAGUACGACGUUCCAUAUCAUGUUCGAGUAUCGAUUGACAAGGAUAUUCGAAUUGGAAAGUGGUACAAUGUGCAGUCGAGGCAAGGUGUGAUAUCCUUGACAUGCCUGGAAGAGCGACUUACACGUGCCGACCCUGUUGUUCUGGCCUUCGAUAUUGAGACGACGAAGUUGCCACUCAAGUUCCCUGAUGCCCUUUUCGAUCAAAUCAUGAUGAUUUCGUACAUGAUCGACGGACAAGGGUUUCUCAUCACAAAUCGAGAGAUCGUAUCCGAAGACAUUAACGAUUUCGAGUACACGCCUAAACCGGAAUACAACGGUCCCUUCGUGAUCUUCAACGAGCCAAACGAGCGAGCCCUCAUAGAGCGAUUCUUUGAGCACAUCAAGAUUGCCAAGCCAACUGUCAUUGCCUCAUACAACGGUGACUUUUUCGAUUGGCCAUUCGUCGAAGCAAGAGCAAGUGUUCAAGGAAUUGACAUGUACACAGAGAUCGGUUUCAGAAAGAACAGCGAAGAUAUCUAUCAAGCUGACCACUGUGUACACAUGGAUUGUUUCGCGUGGGUCAGUCGUGACAGUUAUCUUCCCCAGGGAAGCCGUGGUUUGAAAGCCGUCACCGUUGCAAAGCUUGGCUAUGAUCCCGAUGAGCUUGAUCCGGAGUUGAUGACUCCAUAUGCAAGCGAGAGGCCUCAAACUCUUGCUGAAUAUUCGGUUUCCGAUGCGGUUGCGACAUACUACCUCUACAUGAAAUAUGUACACCCUUUUAUCUUCUCCCUGUGCACAAUCAUUCCGCUCAAUCCAGACGACACAUUACGAAAGGGAACUGGAACACUGUGUGAAAUGCUUCUCAUGGUUGAAGCGUACCGAAAUGAGAUCAUCCUUCCCAACAAGCACAAGGAACCGCCUGAGUCAUUCUACGAGGGUCAUCUGCUGGAGUCCCAAACUUAUGUUGGUGGCCACGUCGAAAGUAUUGAAGCUGGUGUUUUCAGGAGUGACAUUCCUGUGGCAUUCACAAUCGAUCCAGCCGCGAUUGAGGAACUUAUUCGCGAUCUCGAUCAUGCGCUCAAGUUUAGUGUCGAAGUUGAAGAGAAGAAGUCUAUCGACGAUGUCACGAAUUAUGACCAGGUCAAGGCUCAGAUUUUGGAAAAGUUGGUUGACCUCAGGGACAACCCAACCAGACAUGAGGUUCCUUUCAUCUACCAUUUGGAUGUUGCUUCCAUGUACCCAAAUAUCAUGAUUACGAAUCGAUUGCAACCUGACUCUAUGAUCGAGGAAUCUAAUUGUGCUGCUUGUGAUUUCAAUCGACCUGGCAAGACCUGUGACAGGCGAAUGCCGUGGGCCUGGCGUGGUGAAUUUUUGCCAGCAAAGCGUGACGAAUACAACAUGAUUCGACGAGCCACUGGAAAUGAGCGCUUCCCUGGAAGACACAAGAAUGCCCCCAUGCGAUCGUUCGGGGAACUCAGUAUCGAGGACCAAGCUGGUAUAGUUAAGAAGCGACUGCAAGACUACAGCAAGAAGAUUUACCAUAAAAUCCACGACAGCAAAACCAUGGUCCGCGAAGCUAUCAUCUGCCAGAGAGAGAAUCCGUUCUAUGUCGACACCGUACGAAGUUUCCGUGAUCGUCGAUACGAUUUCAAGGGAAAACAAAAGGUCUGGAAGAACAAAGCAGAUGCCUUGCAAUCAUCAGGCGCUUCAGCUGCCGAGAUUGACGAAGCAAAGAAGAUGAUCAUUCUGUUUGAUUCGCUUCAGCUCGCCCACAAAGUCAUUUUGAACAGUUUCUACGGUUACGUCAUGCGAAAGGGUUCUCGCUGGUAUUCGAUGGAGAUGGCCGGUGUUACUUGUCUGACAGGUGCCCACAUCAUUCAGAUGGCGCGAGAGCUUGUUGAACGUAUUGGUCGACCUUUGGAACUUGACACUGAUGGUAUCUGGUGCAUGCUUCCCGGAACCUUUCCCGAAAACUUCUCGUUCACGCUGAAGAAUGGCAAGAAGCUGGGUAUAUCGUAUCCUUGUGUUAUGCUUAACCAUCUCGUGCAUGCCAAGUAUACAAAUCACCAAUACCAGGCGCUCGUAGAUCCUGCUACCUUCAAAUAUGACACCUUCAGUGAGAAUUCCAUCUUCUUCGAGGUUGAUGGUCCAUACCGAGCCAUGAUUCUUCCAACCUCAAAGGAAGAAGAUAAGAACUUGAAGAAGCGAUACGCUGUGUUCAAUCACGAUGGAUCGUUGGCUGAAUUGAAGGGCUUUGAAGUCAAACGACGAGGAGAGCUGAAAUUGAUCAAGAUUUUCCAGACGCAAAUUUUCAAGUUCUUUUUGGAAGGCAAGAAUUUGGCUGAAACAUAUGCCGCCGUUGCCCGAGUCGCCGAUCGAUGGUUGGAUGUUCUCUACGAGAAGGGAGCCACACUGGCCGACGAGGAGCUGAUCGAUCUCAUUUCAGAGAAUCGAAGCAUGGCGAAAACCCUGGAGGAGUAUGGAAAUCAAAAAUCCACGUCUAUCACCACCGCCAAACGUUUGGCGGAGUUCCUGGGCGAGCAAAUGGUCAAGGAUAAGGGCUUGAACUGCAAGUACAUUAUUUCUUCGAGACCAAGGAACGCCCCAGUCACUGAGAGAGCCAUUCCUGUCGCCAUCUUUUCUGCUGAGCCCGCUGUCAAGAGAUUUUUCCUGCGAAAGUGGCUCAAAGAAGAGCCUACUGAUAUGGAUCCCCGAAGUCUCCUUGAUUGGGAUUACUAUCUUGAGCGUCUGGGGUCCGUCAUUCAAAAACUUAUCACAAUUCCAGCGGCGCUGCAGAAGCUUCGAAACCCCGUUCCUCGCGUUGCUCACCCCGAUUGGUUACAGAAGCGAAUUAACCAGCAGGACGACAAGUUCAAGCAGAAGAAGAUGACCGACUUGUUUGCGAAAUCCGACAAGGCUCCUCUCUCAUCAAUACCGACCAACAUUCUGGAACAUCGUGUCCAACAUUCUGGUGACAUGGAUGAGGCCCUUGCCAACUCAACCCAAGACGUGACGCCUGAGACCAAGGUGUCUCAGAAAAGAAAGCACCCAGAAGGUCUCCAGAAAACAUCACUUGAUCCCUUUGCCAGCCUUCCGGCGGUGAUGCCGUCCAUCGAUGAUGAUUACCAGGGCUUCAUCAGAUAUCAGAAGCAAAAAUGGAAGAUCCAGAAGCAAGCACGUAUUCGCCGCCGUCAGUUGUUUGGCGACCGAUCAAACAUUGCUUCAGACUCCCUGAGCGGUUUCUUCCGCAACCAGGCGCAGAUGCUGUACAUCAGCACCUGGCAGGUUUUGCAAUUGUGCGAAACAGGUCGACCAGGAAUCGUGCGGGCUUUUGUUCUCAUCGACCAAAAGGUUCAUGCCCUCAAUAUUAAGGUUCCGCGACAGUUCUUUGUCAAUUUGAAGCGAGAUUCCUUGCCCGAUAUUGAGGUGCCUGAUUGCGAAGUCGAAAAAGUCAACCAUACAUUGCCCAACGGCCAUCCUUCAGUUCACCUGUUCAAGGUAUCUUUAUCAGAAGACACAUUCAUUGAAGAGUCGGAGAAGAUGGACGUAUUAUUCCAACACCCCAGUAUUGAGGGUGUCUACGAGCGUAACAUUUCUCCGAGUGUCAGGGCGGUGCUCAAGCUGGGAAGUCACUGCACUUUCGAUGAAGAGCAGCGUGGAGUUUUGGGUGAUGGACUGGAGAAGGGCUUUGAUCUAUCUACAUUGCUUCAUACCACCUCUGAUCAACCUUACUUGAUGGAUUCGCCCUUGGCAUACCAUUACCUCUACCAUGUGGCUUCUGGAGAGAAACAGGUAUUUGCGCUGUUCUCAACAACGAAGAACGAGGCACACAUUGUCAUUCUAAACCGUACAAGAGACGUCCAGGGUCUUCCAAACGUGGACAAGAUCUACUCAGAGCUCCUUACCCGGAAACUUCAGGAUGCAUCCGCCGAUGACUCGCAGAACGCUUUCCAGUACCAGGACAAGAUUAAAUUCAAGACCACCCAGGUGAUGACCCGGAGAAAGGCUCACUUGGAAGUCGGUGAUCUCAUCAGAAAGCUUCGUAAUGACGAGACCAAGCCGACUGUCCUCGUCAUCCAGUCCCAGCAAAAGGACCGGCUGUGUCAUGAUAUCCCUAUCCUCAGAGAGUAUCCCACUCUAUCAGUCAAGCCUGAAGUGUCUGAUAUGGACCUGCCACCAUUGGGCUGGCAGUCGUUUAUUGCCAGGCGCUUGGUUACUCAUUACUUGUAUUUGUCUGCUUGGAUUCAGCACCUGACUCUGCUUGCCCGAUAUGGAGAUGUCCCUCUCUGUAAUCUGGAAACCGAUGACCCCCGGUACUUGAUUGAUAUUUCAUACGCCAGACGACUUCAGCAAAGCAACGUCGUCCUAUGGUGGUCAACAGGACCGCGACCAGAUCAUGCUGGAUUUGAAAAGGACGAUAUCAUGGGACCACUGGAGAAGGUGAAUAUGCCUGCUGUCAACACUCCGAAUGCGUACACCACUGUUUGCAUUGAGCUGGAUGUUCGAAAUCUCGCCAUCAACACGAUUCUUACCUCCUCCAUUGUCAGCGAAAUGGAUGGAAGUGAUAACAGUCUGCUGGCUUCAGGAAACGGCGAGGACACUGGUGUACUGUACUCUGAAAAAGCGUUCGCAUCUGCUGGUGCCCAUGUUCUGCGAGAAAUGGUCAAGCACUGGUGGACAGAAGCCUGUGCAGGAAACAGUAUGGCCGACAUCAUGGUCCAGCACUUAAUCCGAUGGGUAGAGAGUCCAGUCUCAUGUCUCUAUGAUCGAUCAUUGCACAACUACGUUCGGUUGCUCUCGCGAAAGUCGUUCCAGAGGUUGAUGGCUGAAUUCCGGCGGGUCGGUUCUAAUGUUAUCUUUGCCAGCUCAACUCGUCUCUUGCUUCAGACUACCAAGACAGAGGUGGGCAAUGCGUAUGCCUACAGUCAGUAUGUCCUGAAAUCAAUCCGGGCGAAUCCAUCGUUCCACUUUAUCGAUCUCGAGAUUAAGGAAUACUGGGACUACCUUGUGUGGUAUGACGAGUACAACUAUGGUGGCAAGGGCUGUCGAGAAGUCGUAGAAGCUGAAAAUCAGAAUUUGGAAACUGUUAUGCAUUGGCAACUCAAUCGAUUCCUGCCGACACCCAUGCAAGCUAUCUUCAACGACUGGGUGGUCGAGUACAUCGAGCUGAUGCACUCACUGAAACGCCCUGAUCUCCAGGAUGGUAACAUGUCGUCUACCCCUCGCAUGACUCAGAUUCCAAUUGGACAACCCAGCGACAAGGAAAGCGAAGAAAUCGCUGCUAUUCUUGCAGAGAAGUUCUCCAAGCCUCUGAAGAAGCAGAUCUCUGGUCUGAUUCGUCGUCAGCGCGACGAGCUGCUACACCCUGAGCUUGCCUCCGACUAUGCCUUCCCAGUACUUCCAGGUGUGCUGGUUGAUCCAACCAACGACAGGCGCAAUCCUUCACUGGAGCUGGUUAAGUUACUCAUGCAAGUCCUCAGCCUAUCCAAAAUCACCACACUUGAAUCACGAUUACUUCGUCGCGAAUUGCUAGCUUUGUUCGAAGUGCGUGAGUUCAGCAAAGAAGGUCGAUUCGAGAACCCGAGCACCAAUCUGAAACUCACGGAGUUAACCUGUAACUCCUGCUGUCUCAUCCGUGACUUGGACCUCUGCCGCGACGAAGAUGUGCUGCCAGACCCUGGCACAGACCUUACCAAAACUCCCAAACCAUGGCGCUGUCCAUUCUGUCAGACGGAGUAUGAUCGACUUGCUCAGGAAGAAUUGCUCAUUGGUCAAGUUCAUGGUCUUGUGGUGGAGUGGCAGACUCAGGAUCUCAAAUGCUCCAAAUGUCAAAGUCUUAAAGUCAGUGAGUUCAUGGAACACUGCUCCUGCAGUGGUAUCUGGGCUCCGACAAUUGAUCGGAAGGAGACUCAGCGCAAGCUUCAAGUUCUCCAAAGUGCGGCCAAAUUCCAUACCCUGCAGUUAUUGGAAAAGGUGGUCGACGAUGUUCUGGCCCGGAUGUAA